GAGAGGGAUCAUCGCCUGUGUCCUUGUAGAGAAACAGAGAAAAGAGGAAGCAUGACCCUUCCAUGGAGGACAGGUGUCAUGCUGAUGCUGAUGCUUUUGUCUUCUGCAGAGGCUUCAUUAAAUGAACCGGUCAUCUGCUAUAUACUGGACGGAGUCCUGAUUCUCUACUCCAUCAUCACCACCGUGCUAUUCUUCAAAGUGAAGUGGUGCCAGUCUGUACCUGAACCUGAGGAGGAAUCCACAUAUGCAGAACUCCUGACAGGUCCUAUUGCUGACGACUAUGAGGAUCUAAGGACUGACCAGACUGCAGCUACAAGACAGAAGCACAGACAGGAAGCUAGUAGUGACACAUACCAGGCUCUCCAGGUAAAAGAUGAUGAGAGUGAUGCCUACCAGGUGAUCAAGUCCAAGGGGAGGACUCGCAAGAAGGACAAGGCCAAGAAGGCCCAGGUCCCCCAGGAUCUCAGACCCGGCCCUCCGCCCCGCCACCACCUCCACACUGAUCUGACCCAGUCAGCCCUGGGCACGGAGGACGCUGUUGACUCCACUGGCAGCUCUCCCCUGCACUGAUCCCAGUCAGCUUAUAUCUCUGAAGAGAACCUUCUAUACUGUUAUCUGCUUUCUGGCUAUAGCAGUCUUCUACUCCUGAGCUCAACUCCCUGCCCUGUUAUUGCAUGUUACAAAUCAGCAGAAAAGUGUGCAUGUCUUAUCUACGUGUAUUAUCAUGUCAUUUGUUAAGUUUAUUGACCGCUUUCUGUGCCCUUUAUGGCUGUAUGUGGUAAUCUUGAUAUUGUGACCAUAAUAAAAGACAUUGCCUGUUCAAAUGUUAAAACACUUGGAAAAUGGUUUAAUGUGUUUACAACAAAGAGAACUGUACAGUUACAGUAAAAUAUUAUGUUUAUAUUAUAUAUAUAUAUAUAUAUAUAUAUAAACAAACAAACAAAAUACAGCAGACAAAUGCAUCAAAUCUACCAUGUAUCCUGAUUCACAUACUUGAAAAUGUUCUACACAAUCUUUCAGUUCUAUAUGCCACCACCCGCCAUGUCUGGAGGGGGGCGUUUCAUAGUCGGAUCUCAGGCAUGUGUCCGUGUAGCAAUAGUGAGCAGUGUUCUAGUCCAUAGUGGAACGGUGGAACCGCGCGGCACAACGAAAGAGUGGCUCCCAGAGUUCUAGAGUGACAGACGGGGAUUAUUCAGA